GCUGAUGACGUCAGAGCCCGCGCUCUCAGUGUCAGCUUCAGGGGAAGGGAGUUAAAGAAAGAGCUUGGGCUCUGGGUGUGGGAAUUCAGGGUGCAGGCAGACGGCUCUGGGUCGGGCAACCAGGUAAUAAUUUCAAGAUGCCAGGACGUUCCAGUUCAAACACAGGUUCAACUGGUUUUAUAUCCUUCAGCGGUGUAGAAUCUGCUCUCUCCUCCUUAAAAAACUUCCAGUCCUGCAUCAGCUCUGGAAUGGACACAGCUUCUAGUGUUGCUUUGGAUCUUGUGGAAACUCAGACUGAAGUGAGUAGUGAAUAUAGCAUGGACAAAGCAAUGGUGGAAUUUGCUAUGAUGGAUCGGGAACUGAACCAUUAUGUAAAGGCUGUGCAGUCUGCGAUGAAUCAUGUAAAAGAAGAGCGUCCAGAAAAAAUACCAGAUCUCAAGCUAUUAGUGGAGAAGAGAUUUUUGGCUUUACAGAAUAAGAAUUCUGAUGCAGAUUUUCAAAAUAAUGAAAAAUUUGUACAGUUUAAACAACAGCUGAAAGAACUAAAGAAGCAAUCAGGGAACCCUAAAGAAGAUGGAAGACAAAGGGAGGUCGACACGAUUAAGGAUAAGGAUGCCAGUAGAGCAGGCAAUGAACGAGAUGGUCUUCAAGAGGACAGAGAGGUUGAUGGAACAGAAGGAGUUGAUGAAGACAUGAUUGUGACCCAAAGUCAGACUAACUUCAUCUGCCCCAUUACGCUGAUGGAAAUGAAGAAGCCUGUGAAAAAUAAAGUGUGUGGCCACACCUAUGAAGAAGAAGCCAUUGUUCGCAUGAUUGAGUCCAAGCACAAGCGGAAGAAAAAGGCCUGCUGCCCGAAAAUUGGCUGUAGCCACACCAACAUGAGACUGUCCGAUCUCAUCCAGGACGAAGUACUCAGAAGGGCGAUUGAGAGCCACAACAAGAAAAAACAGCAUUCCGAGUAGGACAAAGCCACCUGCCUGCGAGGGGACUGCCAGCCUACCUCCCGCCCAGCCUCCUAUAGAGAGCGGUGCUUCUCAGAGCACGGACUGGCUGCCUCACUUGCUUUGCAUGGGGUAAAACCUGCCGGUUUUAAGUGUAACUGAAAGAAUUUUUUUCUAUGUUGCAAUAAAAAUUCAAGGAAAUUAUAUUGUUUAUUUUUAAGUAUUCUGUAAUUUUAAAUAAAACUUUGAUUAUCUACA